CCAGCUGAUCGCAGAAUCCGGCCAGUGCGCUCCCGCUUCCUAACCGCCUCGAAAUGAUUUACACGAGCAGGAGGUGUGCAUUGGCGGGGUCCAGCUGGCCUUCGCGUCACGGUGUUGUCACAGCAUCCGGCAGUGACACAGAGGAUGAAGACAGCAUGGACAUUCCCCUGGACCUUUCCUCUUCAGCCUCUGGCAAGAGAAGGAGGAGAGGCAACCUGCCCAAGGAGUCUGUGCAGAUCCUGCGAGACUGGCUAUAUGAGCACAGGUACAACGCAUAUCCCUCGGAGCACGAGAAGGCACUGCUCUCGCAGCAGACACACCUGUCCACGCUGCAGGUCUGUAACUGGUUCAUCAACGCCCGCCGCAGGCUUCUCCCUGACAUGCUGAGAAAGGAUGGCAAAGAUCCAAACCAGUUCACGAUUUCCCGCCGUGGGGCCAAGAUUUCAGAAGCUAGCUCUAUGGAAGCUGCCAUCAGCAUCAAGAACUUCGUGCCAGCUCUAGAAGACAGCCCGUUUCAUUCUUGCGGAUCUGGACCCAACCCAAGCCCAGGGAGGCCGGUGUCGCCCAAACCUCCCUCCCCGGGAUCCAUUUUGGCUCGCCCGUCAGUGAUCUGCCAUACCACUGUGACUGCAUUGAAAGAUGGGCCUUUCUCUCUCUGCCAGCCGGUUAGUGUGGGACAGAGCACAGAUGUACAGCAAAUAGCGGCCAGCAACUUUACAGACACCUCUCUCAUGUACCCAGAGGACGCUUGCAAAUCUGGACCGAGUCCAAACCCUCAGAGCGGGCUUUUCAACACUCCUCCCCCUACCCCACCGGACCUCAACCAGGACUUCAGCGGAUUCCAGCUUUUAGUGGACGUCGCACUCAAGCGAGCGGCAGAAAUGGAGCUUCAGGCCAAGCUCACAGCUUAACUUUUUCAAGCAAAACAGUUCUCCAAAAUAUGGUCCUGAUUGCCGGGGGUGAUGGCAUUAUUUUAUAUAUUUUUCUAUUAAUAUUUGCACAUGGGAUUGCUCGAGUGGAGCUUCCUCAAUGGAGUACAGUCAUUCCAAGAACUACAGACUAAAGCUACUGUAGAAACAGAGUUUUCUUUUAAAAUGUUUCUUGGUAGAUUUUUCAUAAUGUGAGAUGGUUCCCAAUAUCAUGUGAUCUUCCCCCACUCCUUUUUGUGAUGUUUUUUUUUUUCAGACUGUGCAAUACUUAGAAGCCUAGCAUCUUUCUAUCACACAUGGAACAGGAUGCCCACAUACAGUCUAAUGGAUAAACUUUUAGAUUCAAGCAAGUAUGAAUCUAGUUGUUAAAUACCUUUUUCAUGAUGUAAUAAAGUAUUUUCUUUAAAAGUUAUUGCAAUGAAGAGUAUUUUCUUGUAGGAAGCGCGUAGAGCCCACACCUAUAACAGGAAAAUCGGGGGCAGGGCAGAUUGACUUGGGUGUCACAAACUAGUAUAAAUAAACAGGAUGUGUGAUAUUUACUCUUGGCUGGAGGGGGAGUUUGCCUUGGCAAAGCAUUUAGUUCAUCAAUGGUAAGCUGCUGAAUAUUUCAGGCUUCAAGUGACUGGUCAUAGCUUAACUUUUUACAAAUGAACAACACAAGCAAUUUUCAUCUG